GAAACAUGGGACCAACACUUUACAUGUUGCAUUUAUAUUUUUGUUCAGUUUGAUUGUAGUUGUUCCCAGUUCAUUAUGUAUUUUAUAUGCUAUAGCAGGGAAUGGAACUUGCAUGGUGUAGUGAUGAUGGAGGCUAGGCCUAUUGUAGAUGUUGCAAUAUAUAGCUUAUAAUUAAUUCAUUUAAAAUUAUGUAUUAUUUCACAUCAAUAUUGGACAUUACGCCAUUUACGCAAAGCAACCAAGCACAAAAGCUAUGUUAUAGGCACCAUGUGUAACUCAUUCACAGGUUACAUAGAUAUCUUACUGUGUCUUGAAUUAACCAGGGGAUCACCUCUCAGACGCGUUUCCAUGGAUAUACGGGAAGCGAGCAGGACCAAUAAGUGUAGGCUAUUUUUGCGCAUAUAAAUAGAACAACAAGAACAUAAUAUGAUUACAGAACGGAGGCUACAGACCAAGAGCAGGAUAUUAUAGACCGUUUAGCUAAACGGGAAUGACAAGUUACCGGGUAACCAAGGAACCGUUGUUGGCAACCGCCCAGCGUUAGUCCCAACGAGGAGGAAACGAGAACCGCUUUGUGGAAUAAAUCGGUCUACCGGAGUGACCCGCGCAUGAACAACGUCAAUCGAAGUUAGCCUAUCAUUUAAAUGAAGUUGAAAGCAGUGACGCGGAAAUACUUACCUGCGCCUAAAGACUUCAUGGGUGCGAUCAUAUGCCCGGGGAUGGACAUAUAAUUGGUCUGAAGACCCUUUGGCACAUCCCCUUAAUGACAGCGCUCUGAAUCAACACAGACAGCAGUCACGUUCGUCACCUGUCUGAUGGAAAAAUAUGAAAAGCUGGCCAAGAUUGGAGAGGGUUCAUACGGUGUGGUGUUUAAAUGCAGACACAGAGAGUCCGGACAGGUAGUCGCCAUCAAGAAGUUUGUUGAAUCAGAGGAUGACCCAGUCAUCAAGAAGAUAGCACUGAGGGAGAUUCGCAUGCUGAAACAGCUAAAGCAUGUGAACCUGGUGAACCUCCUGGAGGUCUUCAGGAGGAAGAGACGUCUCCACCUGGUCUUUGAGUUCUGUGAGCAGACCGUCCUGAACGAGCUGGACCGACACCCCCGUGGGGUCCCUGAGGCUCAGCUGAAGAGUAUGGUGUGGCAGACUCUACAGGCCGUCAACUUCUGCCACAAACACAACUGUAUCCAUCGGGAUGUGAAGCCAGAGAACAUCCUCCUCACCAAGACAGGAAUCAUCAAACUCUGUGACUUUGGAUUCGCCAGGAUCCUCACUGGGCCAGGCGAUGACUAUACAGACUACGUGGCUACCCGGUGGUAUCGGGCUCCAGAGCUCCUGGUGGGUGAUACUCAGUAUGGAGCCCCGGUGGACCUCUGGGCGCUGGGCUGUGUAUUCGCUGAGCUACUCCAUGGAAACCCUCUCUGGCCUGGACGCUCCGACGUCGACCAGCUCUACCUCAUCAGACGCACUCUAGGUGACCUGAUCCCUCGUCACCAGCAGGUGUUCCGAUCCAACGUGUUCUUCAGCGGAGUCAGCAUCCCCGAGCCAGAAACUAUGGAGCCCCUGGAAAAACGCUUCCAUGGUGUGUCACCUCACGCUCUCACUGUCAUGAAGUGUUGCCUGGUGAUGGACCCGUCGUUGCGUCUGUCCUGUGAGGAGCUUUUGGAGCUGCCGUACUUUCUGGAAGAGGGUGGAGCCUGCUGGGGCCGCGAGGGGGAUCGUCCCGGGAGACGCCAUGACAACAAAAACUCCAGACGACGACAGGUCGGGCCCCAGUACCUUCCUCAGCUCCCCAGCAACAACAUCUCUCCUGCUCCAGAGACCAAGAAACAGAACAAACACAAAUACACAGACCAUCACCUGCCCAACAUCUAGAGAGGAGAAUCACCUGCCCAACAUCUGAGAGCUAGAGAGUGAGAGAGAAAGAGAGAGGGAAGGAGAGAGAGAUGGACCAUGAAGACUAUGAGAGGCACUGUUGAAUAUGUUUGUGUGUGUGUUUGCGCGACUACACAUGUUGUAAAUGCAAUAGCUGUAAGAGUGUAUUUAUUGUACGCCCAUUCAGAAACACCACCAGCCACCAGGCAACAACAUUUAAUAUAAAACACAUAUAAGGCGUGUUCACACUGCACCUUAGCCCAGGGAUAGCACCAACCUUAUCCCAGGGCUAGCACCAACCUUAGCCCAGGGCUAGCACCAACCUUAUCCCAGGG